AUGGUGUGGAUAGACUCAUCGCCGUCCACAGUGCAAUUGCCGCAGCUAUACGCCAAAGCAGCCAGUCCCAAAGACGCCCCUGAAACGGCCCCUUCAGAUGAACGCGAGGAGCUUGUGGAAGAGGCGCCGCUAAACGCCAGCGAAGUCAUCCUCUCUGUCGCAGACUUGGGAAAAGAUAACAUCGGUGUCCUCACCAAACGAUCGGUAUACCUCUACCAGAAAGACCCGUUGGUCUGUGUUUCUGCCCACGUGCGCAGCGACGAUUCCAUCGCUCACCACGGCUACAACGUGGCGGCCAAGCCGAUAUCGGCCACACGGUUCCUUGUCUCCACGUCCGAAUCGUAUUUACUCGUGUACCAGACGGUGGCUCUGUCCAACCACAACCAGCCAGAUGCGUUGCUCGUGUACAGUGGCACCAACUUGAUCCAGACGGGAUACCCUCUCCACGACGAGCACUCAGGCUGGUUCGGGAUUAUCCCCGACCACCACGAGCGGACGCUCUUGUCCAAAUACAUUGUGUUGCAGCGGGCCUUGAAGGUGGGAAUGGGAAUCGACGCGUUCUGGGGUAACGACGACACGAUUGUGCUUGUAAAAUACGCCGCGAGCAUGCUUCAGGUUGUGAACCUGAAGGACAAGACACUCAACGCUAAGAUUGCCAUUGAUUCAUUGGCGUGGUACAUAUCCGCUGGGAUUGCCCAGAUUGUUGCAGAGUCACUAGACGGCUUUUUUCUCCUCUCCACGGAGGGUGACUUGUACCACACGAACCUUGCCAUGUCCGGGGUCAAGAUUGGCCAUCUUUCGUGCUUGGGCUCAGAUCCCCCGGUGAUGACCUACAACAGCCGAAAUGAGGUGCUAUUGGUGGCCCACGGAGGACGAGUGGAGUUUAUCCGUUAUGAAAAGAGCGACCAGACCGCCACCCACAUCGCCACGUUUGAUUGCAACAGGACCAGCCCUUUGACCAUAUCCGCGACAGUCCAGUCUGUGGGUAUCUCCCCGAAUGGUGAAACCUGCGCAGUGCACCUAUCCAAUGGCCACUGGCUUUUGACCUCCAAGUUCGGCCUUGUCUGCUACGACUCCGCUGAAGCCGAGGAGACCGUCACGGGUUUGCACUUCCUAGACGACUUCACGCUCAUGACCAUCGGUGCGGGUAUUUCAGUGUUUCCGUUACGCCAGUUCGAGUCAUCUUCAGUCAAAACCGUCUGUUCAAACUUGCGCACCACCGUGUCCAGCCCGAUGCUCUUCCGCUCGCGCAACCGCUUCGUUAUCGUCUACAGCUUUAGGGAAGAGUUGUCCAAAUCGGUCAGAAUCCCUGAAUGCUUUUUAAAGAACCCUGUGUUUGAAACGAAGCUCAGCACCGACGGAUUAAAGCUCUUUAUCUCCUCUGGCAGCCAAAUGAUGAUGUAUUCCAUGGUGCAGAAGAAGUGGUAUACGUACAAACAGGACUAUCUAGCAGCUCUCAACAUUGUGGGAAUGGACACUUUUCAUAAGUUCUACCUCGUUCUCCUCCACCGCAAGGCCAAGGGCGACGAGCUUAUCAUUUUUAAUGUGAAACCGCUCUUCUUGGGCCCCAAACACCCAGAGUUUAAGGACGAGUUCAGCUCAGAGUUGGUGGUCUGGCGAUACGAUCUUCCAUCCCCACUGGUCAGCUUCCACCUCUCCAGCAAGGAGUUGAGCGUUGUUUUGCGGAACAACUUGGUUUACAACUUCAAGCUCGAGAUCGCCUACCCCGAGAAGGACCACUUGAAGGUGUCCAACAACCAGCAAUUGGUUAUACGUAACAACAAGAUCCUGAAACCACAUCCGUCGGUGGUGGACUUUGCAUCCGUUCCCAUCUCGGCUUUCCUUCCAACCGAUACUGAUAAAACCACGUUUGUGUUUUUAAGUCGUGGCAAGCUCUAUCUGUUGCGCCAGGCGGCUGGCCCUGAGAUCCGUUUUGACUUGAAAGUGCUCAAGGAUGGGGUCGAGUCGCUUCAGUUGCACAACCUGACGGGCAGCAUGGUGUCGUUUUUAGCCCACGAUGGGUGGCAUAUCCUCACUCUGGAGCAAUCCGUGCCAUUGAUCAUUCCGGUCGAGGACCAUUAUCCGCUCUUUUUCUCCGCCCAGGAUUACAGCUUGCACUACUAUGCCACAAGUGCCUUCCAUCUCGCCGUGCGAGACCUGGACGAGCAUAAGAUGAUGGUGCUUAACCGGUUUUCUAAGCAGUUGUUGUUGGGCUUUGUUAUUGACUGGCACAUUGACCAGGAGUUGAGGGAGGAUAAGCCUGGAAACGAGAAAGCUGUUUUACUGGAUAUACCCGGAGACGAGAAAGCUGUUUCGAAGUUGGAUCAAAUCCUCACAACUUACAGGGGCAGCUCACGCUUGAAGGUGGCGUUUGAGAUCCUCUUGGUCAAGUACAUUUCGUCUCUUAAGGAGAUGCAACCACGAAUCCCCAAGCUAAUUUCCAUCAUGAACCGGUAUUUGAGCAGGCUUCAGUACUACGAGAUUACGAUUGAUGGGUUGCGGAAGCUCGAGGUCACCCAUGAGGCUCCGGGAAAGUCGGGAAAGUUGACGUAUAAGCGGUUUUUCGGAUUCUUUUUCGACGCGAAAACGCCAUCGGAGGUGCUAGCCGAUUUAGUGGCACAGUAUGAGAGCUAUGGGUCCAACGACCAGUACAAGGUGCUCAUCACUUACUUCAUGAUCUAUCUCAACUAUGAGAAGGACCUCAAGGACGAAAAAGACGGCCACUCCGAGGACUUUGUGCUGUUCUCCGUCACUGACCACCGUUCGUUGCAGACUAUCUGGAACAAAAUCGUGUCUAACCGGGACUGGGAGAGCGGGCUUGAGUUUAUCAUGUGGUUGAAAAAGAUUGUUUCCCAGCCCGAUGACAAGCAGUUUUUGGCCACUUUGAUCGCUCAGGUUGAGGGAUUGCAGGUAUAGAAGCGUGGUUUACGUACAUACGUAAUUGAAAAAGCAUUAGUGUAGUAUGUGUCCGAUUGCACGGGUAAGAGCAGUUGGGUAAUUUAAAUUUCCUGAAUACUGGCAUUUAAACCGGGUCGGAUGUACAAUGUGGCAUGAAUUACCCGCAACCUUCCUCUGUUGUUGGGACUUGGCUAAUUUCAAGGGCUGUGCCUUCACAUACAAUGAUUGGAACUCGAAAUGUAAAACCUGAUGCAAGUUGUAUAAUAAAAGUUUAGCGUGAAACUGUCAGCUUAGCCACUUAAACUACGAUCAAUAAUUUUCAAUCGGAGUCGAAAAAUCACCUUUAUAAGAGUCGCAGUUUUCUAACAAUAUCUGGCGUUGAGACCAG